AAACGUUUAUCGGCGAGACGCUGGAACUGACGGGGGUGCUUCGGCAAGAGAAUGGGCACGUAUCUCUGCAUAGCCAGCAACAACGUGCCACCGACGGUCAGCAAGCGUUACUCUGUCGAUGUUCACUUUCAACCUCUUAUUAAGGUGACGAGUCAAUUAGUGGCUGCGCCGAUUAAUAGCGACGUCCUGCUGCAAUGUUACGUCGAGGCGUCGCCACACGCUAUGAAUACGUGGCACAGAGAGACAGGCGAAAAAUUGCUGCCCAGUGACAAAUACAUAAUGUCGGAGUACGCGUUGAACGAGUACUCCUGGCAAAUGAAUCUCACUGUCAAUUCCCUGGAAAAACAGGACUUCGGCGGAUACGUGUGCUCGUCCGUCAACGCGCUCGGGAAGGCCGACGGCGUGGUGCGAUUGCAAGAACUGCACCUCUCGAGGACGACACCGACGACGUUCACGAAGAACACGGAUCUCAGGCAGCGCAAGAAGCCGAUAUCGAAGGGCAAGAAGAAGAGCAACAUUAGCAACGGUAGGCGAGGAUACGGGGGUGGUUUCGAGGAAAGCGAUUCCGUCGGUGGCGGCGAUGACGGCUUCGGUACCACGCAAAUCAUGACCGGUAGCACUCAAGAGGGCCAGAGAACGGACAUGCCCAUCGUCUUGUCUUCCUUUCCGCCUUGGAUAGUCGUGAGUGUCGCGAACCUGUGUCAUCCCUCGGUGUUCGCGAUCUUGCUUUUGCUUCUUCUGUUACUCAUCCUAUAAGUCGACGGCGAAGAGCUCUAGAAAUAAACGGUGAUUACGAGGAAAACGGCGAUUAUGAAGAUCCACGAAUCGGAUCGAUGAUCGAUAAAUUCAGAAGACCUCGAUGCUACACGCGACGCAGGUAGAAGAAUUGAUAUUUCAUUGACGAAUUGACGUGUUAAAGUUUUAAUUCGUUUUUUUUAAUCGCGCAAAUAAUAAGGGAGAGUGUGCGGGGCCCGACCACGAACCAGUCGUGAAAACUCGUAAUUAUUUUGCGAAAAAAUACCAUUCUCAGCCAGGAAUCGAAACCUGGAUCUUCUGCUGACACCGGACAGGCAUCUUAUCCCUUCGACUACUGAGGCAUGUGAUGAUAUUUAUCGCGCAUGCCAUUAAAAAAGCUUGCUGAAAAUUUCCAAAAUUAUCGGAUGUUUGGAAUUAUUAUAAUUUAUUAAAAUACUUUUUUUAUACAGACGUUUUCAUCGGUCAAAAUAUCUUACUGCCAAAUAUAUAUCUGAUUUUGAACGUAUUUGAAAGUUAAGCGAAAUGACAUAUUUUUUUUUAUAUUUCGCAUAUUUAAUGCGAACGAAUCUUUAUUCUUCUGAACAAAGUCGAUCUUGAGAUAUUUAAUGUUACAUAACUUCCUUGUAGGAAACGAUUAUCUCCGCCGUUAAUAAUGGCGAAAGUUUUCUCUCAAAGCUUGUCAGAAUAUAUUUAAAGAGAGUAAUCGUUAUAAAGAAAUCUCUGAAUAUUACAGACCUUUCUGCUUUAAUCAUUAUUUGAUGUACUUUACGUUUUUUGUGAUGUCAAAAUGCUUUCUCAGAUUACGCGCUCCGUUCUAAGUAUCGAUCGCGAAAUCCAAUAUCUUUGAGGAGUAGAAAACCAAUCUCUUUAAGGGGAGAAAAGCCUGAUUCCAACGGAAUUUGACAUCGACUGUCUGAUCAUUAUCUUCAUUAUCCCCUAUCAUCUAUGUAAUCCCCUGGCAUCUUUUAAUCACGACCUUAAAAUAAACAUUAAAUUUAUUCCACUACUAUUUUAGAAAUCUAUACUCCAAAUUAAAAUUUGUGGAAAUUUUAAUCCGACCGUUACUAAUCAUUGCAAUUAUUUCUAAGAUAUUUCUUACAUGAAGAUAUAUGAAAUAAAUUUUUAAUAAAGAAUAGAGUAAGUUUUUAGCUUCUUUUCCCUUCGUUGAAGCAAUGCAAUAUUUAUUUUCUUAAAUAAAUAAAAAAAUAAGCAUUAAUAUGAGAGAACAGCAUAAUUAGGAGAUGUAGAAAUUCUUCGUAUAAAAUGUAUUCAAUAUCGAAAAUCCUAUAACUAUUUAUUUCAAUAUUGAGAAUCCUUAACAACAAUUAUUGUUUGAUUUAGUUUCUUGUUCAUAAGGGAAUUAACAUCUCGCCGUAUCAUCACACAGACACCAUUUGCGCAUGAAACUAUUAUAAAUUCAGGAUAGAGAUUAAUGAAUGAACUUAGAAAAGCAAGCAAAGGGGUCAGUUGGGGGAUCUCUCGUGGAUCUUCAUUAAUCGCCUAAAAGUAACGCAAAGGGACGCGCUGUGCGUAUGCGACAAUCCUGUCUGGGUAGGUCAGUCCCUCUGGCGAUAAUUGUAAACAUGAAUGAAUGACAAAAGGUAAAGGUGGACAAAAUGUAUAAAAAAGAAGAAAUGACUCUAUUCUCGAGUCGUUUAAACCUCAGCAGUGCUAUUAAAAUUUCACAAGUAAAAGUCCAUUGAGAUAGUGAAAAAGAUUUUCUUUCUUUUGCAAAAAUAAUUGAUAUUAAUAAUUGAUA